ACAAAUAGUGUGAGGCGUUCGUCGGAGGUCGGCUGCUGAAUGUGGUGACACAACCGGAUGUUGCCGAUGCGCUGCUCAUCCGGCAGCUGAAAGGCUUUGAGCACCCUAGCUAGCGUUCAUCGUAACCGUCAAGAUUUUAACAUUUUAACCAUAAAUCCACAUUGUCGCUUGACAGCAAAAAAGAAGAGCCAUGAUCAAAGCCAUCCUGAUAUUCAACAACCACGGAAAGCCGCGGCUGAUCCGAUUCUAUCAGUAUUUCGCGGAGGACAUGCAGCAGCAGAUCAUUCGGGAGACUUUCCAUUUGGUAUCUAAGAGAGACGACAAUGUCUGCAACUUUUUGGAAGGUGGAAGUCUCAUCGGUGGCUCCGACUACAAGCUCAUCUACCGGCACUACGCCACCCUCUACUUUGUCUUCUGUGUGGACUCGUCUGAGAGUGAGCUUGGCAUCCUGGACCUGAUCCAGGUGUUUGUGGAGACGCUGGAUAAAUGCUUUGAAAACGUCUGCGAGCUGGACCUCAUAUUCCACAUGGACAAGGUCCAUUACAUCUUGCAGGAGGUGGUGAUGGGAGGCAUGGUGCUGGAGACCAACAUGAAUGAGAUCGUGGCCCAGGUGGAAGUGCAGAACCGCUUGGAGAAGUCCGAGGGAGGUCUUUCAGGGGCACCUGCUCGCGCCGUCUCUGCUGUGAAGAACAUGAACCUGCCCGAGAUUCCUCGCAACAUCAACAUUGGCGACAUCAAUAUCAAAGUGCCGAGCCUCUCCCCGUUCUGAACAGCCUGCUGAGCUCCGCAGGGCCGACGUCCUACUGAUGCUGCUCCGCUCCGCCCGGUUCUGUCGUUACUACAGAGAAACCAAACCAGCUUCACCUGUGGACCAUGGGACCACAGCAGCUCAUCCUCCCCACCAUUUCCAAUCUUCUCACAUCAACUGGCGACAAGCAGUGGACUUUAUUUGAGUUCUGUUGUACACAAGUUGCAUAUUGAGGCCCGUUGAAGGAUUUGCACAAUAAUGUAAAGUUUGAAUCUUUAAAAUAUCAAGAGGAAUUAAUAUAGGUGUAUUUUCCUCCUAUCCUUAUUGAUUUCUUACUCCCUCCAAAAGAAGGACUGUGCUGGCCCAGUGCCCAUUUCCCUGCUCAACUUCAACUUGUCCAAAUCUGUGUGUGUGUGUGUGUGUGUGCGAUUUGGGGUUAGACUCCUCCACUUGGCCCCCGGCACAUCUUGUUUUCCUUUCGUUAUAUAUUGUCUCCUCGACAUCCUCAUAAUUUGCUCAUGGCUCUCCUGGGUGUGGAUGCUGUGUAGUUCUAGCCAGGCUCUAAAGUGCUGCAAUAGUAACAUCUGUCUCGGAGAGGCAGAGUCGUGUUUGUGUCCUUAUUCCAUGGUUUGUUUUUGGUGAUUAAGUUUUUUCAAGCCAAACCUCCUCAGUUUUACUGUUACGUCCCGUCAAACCUGUCUGUGCUUAAGACUUUUAUCGACGUUGUAAAUUAAGUUUAAAAAAAAUAAACCCCUCCCCCAAG